AUGCUUCGAGUAUUUCAAGUACUGCAACAGCAGAUUGAAUUGGCUGUGAGAUGCUGUGAGGCUGGGCGGCGUUGGCAGACUUGGCAGACUCAUGCCUUGGGUGCGAACAGCUUGCUGGCAAAGGCUGGAGAGCACGUCCCACUCUUGGCUGAUGGUCUCGUGUGCCUCCACAAGUACAGAGGCCAGACAGAGGCAGAGGAACGGGCCAGAGCUUUCUCUCUCCAAAAGCACUUGAGCAAGGACGGUGCCUUAACGAAGUUGGCAGAGCUGCUCCCUGGCUCCAACCUCCUUGCCGCUGCCAUGCUUCACAUACGGGGCCACCAUCGCGAAGCCCAAGAAGCGUUGAAUUUGCUGAAGAAUUGGCGCGACUGCGGAAGUGCUGAUGGCGCACUCGCCAAGGUUGCUGAGAUGCUUCCUGGUGUGGAUGUGAUUGCAUUUGGUGUCCACGUGAACGCUGGCAAUUUCGCCCAAGCUCUGCGAAGCAUUUCCAAAACGCAAUGGACGGAUGUGACAGGCGACGUCAUCAUCUCUUUCGACUUGGCAACCCUUCAUGGAUUCUCCGUUUCAGACAUCCAGGCGUCCAACCUGGAAGUCAUUCCUGUGGCGAGCUUCAUGUAUGGAGGCCUUCUUGACAUUGUCACGAACUUGAUUGAGGUUAAUUCGAGAGGUCAAAAGCGCUCCCGAUUUCUGCGUGCUGCCGCCGCGAGGUCUCCAACGAAUCCGGUGCACCGUGUCAAGGAGACGCUGCUGGGCUGCUGCAACGAAGCCCUGGAGGAUUUGACGCAGGAGACGUUGCCUGAGAUGAUUCCGGAGUUGUUGGACUCUGCAGCCAUGGCAGCGACCAGCUAUUUCCAAUCACAGAAGGGUUACAUGUCCUUCUUACUUCCGAAGGCGCUGCCUGCAAAGCCGCACGAGCUGGAGAAGGAAUUUCAACGCAGCUUGGAGAAGGUCACGGUGUGUCACAAGAGAGCAAUACCUGUGGAGGUUGUUCGUCAGAAGGAAAUCGGAAAGUUUGGUUCUGCUGAAGUUAUUGCCACCAGCACUUACUGUCUUGGUCUUGGCCUUCACUCUGCCGGUCUAGCCUGCCUUGCUGGCUGCUUCUGUGGCUUUUCGCAGUUGCGCCGGUGGUUGCAGAGGCAGUUUGUCCCACUGGUCAACUCUCAAAACGAGCAGGCAUGGAACGAUGCGACAAAGGAACCCACAGAGGUUUUUAUUCGACGGCCAAGCCCAAUGGAGGCGGAGAAGUCAGAGAGUCAGCCUUCCGAUAGAAGGAUGCCGUUUGCAUUGAUUGCUGAGCUGCGUGGUGAAGCCGCUGAGCGGCUCAGCGCUGCGCUGGGCAGAUACUUUUGCCACGAGAUGCCACUGAUGAAGCUGCUUGGGCAUCGUGGUUUUCACCUGCUACGACGCUGGAUGAUGGGUCUCCUGACGCCAUGCAUUGACGGAUUUGACGGGGUGCCAGUUGUACCGCUAGUGCUUCAUGCGGAGGUGGGAGAAGGUUUGUACAGCAUUUGCGGCCAGGGCCUUUGGUUGCCAAGGCUGUGGACAGAGCUGACAUGUUUGAGCCACGUUUUUGACAGUCAGCUCUGCCACAAAGCUGCGAUCCAGGUUCUGGAUGUGCUGCAAACAGGCAUAAGGGGUAUUGACCUGAGGCAGGAUUCUAAGACUUUAGUCUACCGCGAGGACAUCUCGAGGCAGAAAGCGCAUCAGCAAAACAUCCAAUCAUUGAACAUCCAAGAGGAUUUGUUUGGCUUUGCUGUCCUGGCCACAGGCAUCGAGUCCCAGGUUGGAUUUGAGGGAGAUCAAGAUACAUCUUCAGCUUCCCAGCCCGUUAAGGGGUCAGAAACUGAUGCCCGACAUGUGGUGAAUGCAAAAAAUCCUACGAGAACACCUCGUGAGAUUCGGAUCGAGCUGUGCGCUCGAGGAAAAGUCGAUCGUUCGCACGUGUGUCUCAAGCUCCAAGCGAACAUGGAGGACGAAGAUGGUUUUGGACUCAGCGCCGUGCAAUCUGGCAGAUUUGGCAGCGACCAUGUGUUGUGCACAUCACAUUCUGAGAUGGAAGCAGCUGCUAGUCUACUUUUUCCUUGGGGCGUCUUUCAAUCUAGAGCCUACAGCACCGGGACCAAUCUCCGACAGGUUGUGCUCGUGGGUGAUGCAACGGUGGGAAAGACCCACCUCUUAUCGCGCUACGUGAAAGGUACUCUACCAAAGGCACCAACAGCUACCAUUGGAGUGGAGUUCGCGACCCGCACCAUUCCUUUGGCUGUUGGUGGCACUGUAAAGGCGCAAAUUUGGGAUACUGCAGGGCAGGAAAGAUAUCGGGCAAUCACCAGCUCGCAUUAUCGUCGGGCUGUAGGAGCAUUGCUCGUCUAUGAUGUCACACGAAACGCAACCUUCCAAAAUUGCUUGAAAUGGCUGGAAGAGCUGCGGCAAAAUGCUGAGCCCAACAUCAUAAUUAUGCUCGUCGGCAACAAGCUCGACCUCGUUGAGAAGGACCCAACGGCUCGACAGGUCCAUUAUGAUGCUGCCUCAGAGUUUGCUCGGCAACAUAAGACGUACAAUGUGAAGCACGUCUUUGAGCAGUUGCUCCAGGAAGUGUACAACCAGGCGUCAAAGAACGCCAAAGAGCGGCGUCGAGAACCAGGCGUGGCAAAGCACAAAGCGAGGACAUUUCGGCUGUACGACAGUGACUUUGAUAGCGACCAUCGUUUCACCCCUGAGGGGCUUCGCAUCGGGGAGGAAAACAUCUGUGCCAGCGGUGGUACCCUUGGUGCGCAGCCCAGCUUUCACCGACAGAACGACCGACAGAAACCACCGGAAAAUGGUCGCCCAGACAAAGCACUUUGCGUGGCCAAUGUGGGUGCUGGCGUUAUGAUUGGUAUUCGGCAGGGGCUUAGCGCCAUCAUGACCGCAAGCUUAAUCUUCACCGCAGCUGGUGUGCCAGAGCUGAGUGACAUGUUUUCGUUCGGCAUCACCAUGAUGUGGUUUUCGUCUGCUGUUUCUGCUGUUUGGUAUGGCCUUUUUGGACGGAUGCAAUUCAGCCUCAUCGGCAUCAAUGAUGUUAUUGGCAUUCUAUGGGGCACAAUGGGUACCCAGAUACAAAAGUCAGUCGAAGCGAGCCAGAUCGUUCCCACCCAGCUCGCAUUUAUCGGCGUCAGCACUGUUCUCACGGGUGUAGUAUCCAUUCUGUUUGGGCAGCUUGGACUGGGAAAGCUAAUGCUCUUGUUCCCAGCGCCUGUGACGAGUGGCUUUCUUGGGUCCAUUGGUUUCUUCAUCUUCAAGAGCUCUCUUCAGAUCUCAUCCGGCGUAGCAUUUCACUAUCUUUGGCCGGUGAAUUUUGAGGAGUUUUGCCAAGUGCAGCCCCUCUCACGAGUUCUCUGCAUGUUUGCAGCUCUCAUCUUCAUGCGACAGAUGCCCCCCAUCCUGGUGAAAGCUUUCCCACGUUAUCCAUCAGUGAAAAAGCUGGGUGGACUCGUAUGCCAACUGGUGCCGCUCUUUCUGUUCUACCUUGUUGUGAGUUUGGCAAAGAUAGAUAUGGAGGAGUUGACGGAGCAGGGGUGGACAUAUCCUCGUCAGGGAAGCAGCAGUCCCUUGUCUCUCUGGACUUCCAGCCACCUGGAGAUGGCAGAUUGGAGUUUCGUCUGGGAGAAUAUGGGGUCGCAAGGUCUCAUUGUGAUGAUGAGCGUUCUCUGCACGAUGACUGGCGUGCUGGGCAUUUCCGGAAAGUUUCCAACAGGACCACCAGGCAAUCCGAAUCCGGAUGCAACGGUCGACUAUGACCGAGAAUUGAUCACCGUGGGUUGGGUGGAUAUCAUCCUGGGCUUUGCAGGUGGGAUUAUCACCUUCCAUCGGCUUGGGAGCUCGGUGCAGUUGCGAAUGGACGGAGGUACACACCGAAUAGCGGUCUUCACCUGCGCUGUGUUCUGUGCUGGGCUUUUCCUAUCAGGGAUGCCCAUUGGGCAUCUCAUUCCGACGUGGUUCCUUGGAGGUCUGUUCAUGAACAGCUCAGUGAGUUUGAUGCAGGAUGCUUUGACGUCCUACCGGCAUCUGCCCAGUUCGAAAUGGAGCAUCCUGGGAUACAAACUACCUUCGAUGGAGUACGGCAUCACGCUCGCCUGUAUCAUUGUGGCCAUUGCAGAAUCCCCAUUUGCAGGAAUCUUCACAGGCCUUGCGUUGUCAGUGCUGGAGUUCUUGUGGCAAAGUUCACAGAGCCAUCCAGUCAGUGGCGUUAGUUCUGGGCAUAUGUCAGUGGGCAGAACGAAGCGACCUGUUUGGGAGCUUCGCUCUCUACGCAAAGAGGGUGACCGGAUCAUCUUGCUCUUCUUGCAGGGACAGCUCUUCUUCGGAUCUGCGGAUCACAUCUCCCAUACGCUUGAAACAGCAACAAAUGAUGCAGAGGGACGACUGAAAUAUUGCAUCCUGAGCUUCGCAAGGGUCAUCGACAUCGAUGCAACCGCUGCGAAGCAGGUGAAGACCUCCGUGGACAAAGCCGCUCGGAGCGGCGUGCAGGUCUUCUUCUGUCGGAUGUCCGGCAGCAUCUUCCAGGAACUGGUCACAGCAGGUGCUGUGAAAUCCCCAGACCCUGCACUCCGUAAGGUGCUGAAAGACAGCGGCGUGGACGUUGGAGAUCUUCAUGAUUUGAAACAGGACAUCUUGUACGAGGCCACUGAUGCAGAAAGCUCCAGUGGCCUAACCUCCAUCUCAUCGCCAAAGUUCGAACGUGUGGGGCGACGACUGACGUGCGCAUUCCUCCCGCUGGGAAGCGGGAAGUUUGAUGCCUUUGACACAGAAUCAGAUGCUUUGGACUAUUGCAACGACCUUCUUUUGGAGGAGCACUACUAUCAGCAGAGCGAUGUGGAGGGCUACAAAAAGGCCUAUCGCCUCGCCUGCAAGGCAGGACAGCGACUGGGUGAAGCUGAAUUUGAGGAUAUGAACUUCAUUCCUCGCGGAACUUUGGCUCGCUUGAAACCGCACUGCGAGGUCAUUGAUCAUUUACCACACUAUCAGAGCUUGCAGAACGAGGAAUUCACCUUAUACUUCAUCUUCAGAGGUGCCAUCGCCCAGCUGGAGGAGGCCACCGAAGAGGAUGUGAUCGUUGCCCGCAGCGGCAUGCUCAACGCAGAGGUCAAAGGCUUCACAGGCCGAGGCCGAAAGCGUCUUCGCGCGCGCUUCACACCUGGACACGUGGUUGGGAAGACAGCAUUCUUUGUCGGCAAAGAAGGCUUAGUGGACAGCAAAGUUCUGCCCAUGCAUCAAGUGUCUUCUCGAGUGUCGGGCUACGCAGAGGUUUGGGCUCUGAAGCGCAGCAAGUGGGAUGACUUGGCAGCUGACCUCAAGAGCAUCCUCCAGGACUUGAUGCUGUUCCAACUGGCCGAUGACAGGUGCAGCUUUGUUCUGCACCGCAGCGACACGGUGUCUGCCUCAUUUCCGCAGCCACGGCGAUGCAGCUUGCAGGCCACUCCUCUGUCGGAGAAGAAGAUGCCGGAGCCACCAGGUGCUGCAGCUGAAGGCGAAAUGGCCGGUGGCUCCUAUGAGAUCAUGAAGACGGACGGAGUGGAAUGGACCAUGAUGUUUAAGGCUGCGGAUGAUUUUGCCAAACGCAACAAACUGCGAAAACUGGGCGAUUCAAAGGAGGCAGCUGCGAAGUGGGCAGCAUUCUAUCCUUCAGAUGAGGUUGUUCGCGGCCUGCGAGAUUGGUUGGAUUGUCGUGGCUUACGUCGACACUUUUCGGAAGUCAACGAGUGGUGCAAAGAGAUGGGCGCAGAGGACAUCCUGGACCUCAUCGAAAAUGUGGAGGAUAUUGCGGAACAUUUGGGCAACUCGCUGACCCCGACUGAGCGAAUGAACCUCUUGGGAGGAAGACCGGCGAAUAGAAGAAAUCUGGUGUAA